CGGCGUACCCUCAGGGCGCGCGGGUCGUGACGGGCGGGGAGAAGCCGGUCCGGGCGCCGGGGGGCACGGGAAUGGAGAUGGGGCUGGCGGUGCCGUGCCCUCUGCCGAGGGCUUUUGGUCUGCACCGCCCGUCUGGGCUUACGCUGCCUGGUUUAAAGCGGGACAAGGGGAGUGGGAACGUUAGUGGCAGCUGGCUGGGGGGGAUCCGCGUCAGUUGAAUUCCUUAAAUAGCUGAAGAAAUUAAAUCUCGUAAAAAAAAAAAAAAAAAAAAAAAAGUUGGUAGUGGUGUCUUUGGUCGUACUUUGAUACCGGCAGAGCACUGCUGACGAACGGCAGCGCCUCGCUGCGCGCCGCUGAGGGACGGGGGCGCCCCUCGGUCCCCGGGGGCGGUAGCGCUGGGGCCGGGCCGUGUCGGCGGGCCUGGGCUCGGCCCUGCGCACGGGAGCGCGCCCGCCGAGCCGAGCCGCCAAGCGGGAGGGCGGGCGGCGCGGCGGGACUGCGGCAGCCGGGCCGGGCUGCCCCUGGAGCGCCUCCUGCCAGCGGCAGGGCUGCGGCACCGCGCUCAAGCCGGGUUCGCCGGGCUCGGCCUCUCUGCGGGGUCCGCAUCGGGCUCCGGCCCCGGCGUUUCGCCCCCUUCGUCCCCCUGCCCCCCCGGCGAGGCUGCGGAGCGCGGCCCCCCGCAGCUGCAUGCCCGCCGCCGUGUCGGCACGGCUGGAUGCGCUGGAGUCCUGGGCCUUCCAUGCGCUGCUGGCGCUGCCCUAUAUGUUCUACGUGGGCUUGUUCUUCGUCAACGUGCUGAUCCUGUACUAUGCCUUCCUGAUGGAGUACAUCGUCCUCAACGUGGGCAUCGUCUUCCUGCCCGAGGACGUGGACCAGGCUCUGCUGGACCUGGGAGUGCUCUCCGAGCCGGGUUCCGUGCUCUACGAGACGGACGGCGAGCUGGAUGUCUUUGACGGCUACCUGGAGUGACGCCCCGGGGCGGCUGCGGAGCGGGCUUCCCGGGAUGCCCCCGCUCCACCCGAGCGGCCCCUGCCCUUCGGGACGCCGCAGGGGAGCCGGCAGCAAACGGAGGGCUCGCAGGGCAAAUGCAUUAAACACCUGAAAUGGAUUAUGACCAGGUUAAUGGAUCAAGUUAUGGAAAGAAACUAUACUCUGAAAUGUAGAGAUGAAAAGAAGGACAAGGGGACAACAAGAAGAGUUGUUAUCAAAACUUGUCAGCCGUGACUUUUUCCCCAUGGUCAUUGCCUCUUGAGUGUGCACUACCUGACCUGCAGUGAUUCACGUACAGUUCUGGGCUUCCAUAGGUAAUUCUGGGAUGGACUGUGUGAACAAGUAAUGUAAGCUAUGUUCUCUUACAACAGAAAAUCAAGAUGUUACUCAGUUUUGAUAAACUUUUGAAUAAAUACCAUGUCAUCCAAAUGGACACGCUCUACAUACUGCUUAAGCAAGUUUUGCAAUUGCACAUUGAAAACUAGACCAGCCAGUAGUUCCAUUAUCAGUGAUCUCUCAGGGGAAUAUAUCCAGGAGUGCUUCAAGAAGGUUCUGUUCAGGGUAGUAUUAUGGCAAGAGCUGUGCUAGCAAGAUAUUUUAUUUUAAUCAUGAGCUUUGAAAUAGAUCAGACACUGAAUUUUAUAUGUCAGAUUAUCUAACCAGAUACUUUGGAGAUUGUUUAAGCUCAUGUUCCUGUGUACAAAUAUGAAAGCAAUACAAUAAAGACUGACCUUUUCCAUGAAAAAGAAAGCA